UCUUAGCAGUUUACUUAUAUUAUCGGAUAGUCAACCAAAAAUUAACGGUUAAUUCACAAACCCAAACCGAUUACCUGCCUAGUUUAUUCGAUAAAAGUACCCAAACUUCUUUAACCGUUGACAAAAUUAAGGCCUUAGAAAACAAAGCAGAAGCAUUAAGAACCGAAUUAAGCAAAUUUACCCACUGA